UCGGGGAACUGUCCACAGGCAGCAGAAAUCAAUGAUGGAUACAGUGGCUGAAGAAAAAAGAAAGAUGAGACUGUCUCGAGCUGAAUAUAAAGGGAUAGCGAAAUGGACAGAGCCGCUGAGACCUACCCGUCAGUGUAUGAAGAUGCUGAAAGAAAGAUUUCCAAAUCACUCGCAGUCCACUCUUCUGAGCAUCUUCUCCCUGGAGUACCAGAAACGAACUAAAAGAACAAUCUCAAGACACCAUGCACCAGAUGUCAUUGAGAGCCACUACCAGAGGUAUCUGAGUGAAGCCAAGGCACAUCCCACUGCUCCUGUCUUGUUGGAGUUGGCCAAUGAGGUGGAUUUGUCUCCUGCACUGAUGGCUCGUAUCAUCCUGGACAGGUUCCUUCAGGACCUGGAGGGUGGAAUGUCUUCUAAAACAGUCCUCAACAGCAUGCUUAAGGAGCCGUCGUUAAUUCCAGACCAGACUUUGGCCAAUAACGUCUACCAAUGCACAAUAAAUGACUGCUGUUAUGGACCGCUGGUAGACUGCAUCAAACAUGCUAUUGGCCAAGAGCAUGAAGUACUGCUGCGUGACAAACUGAAGGAGAGAAACCUUUCCUUUCUAGAUGAAAACCAACUGAGAGCCAUGGGCUAUGACAAAACACCUGAUAUCAUCUUGGAGGUUCCAAUUGCUGUGGAGGGACACAUUGUACACUGGAUUGAAAGCAAAGCCUCAUUUGGAGACGACCACAGCCACCGCAACUAUCUCAAUGAACAGUUCUGGAGCUACUGGAACAGAUUUGGUCCAGGCCUUGUCAUCUACUGGUAUGGUUUCAUUGGAGAGCUGGACUGCCAGAGAGACAGAGGAAUCCUACUGAAAGACUGCUUUCCUACAGACAUAGUCACCCUGUGCCAUGCUCCCCAGCAGGACUGAAUGCCACGAGAGCCAUAAGAGGGACAAAGAGUGAGGAAAAAACAGAAACUAAAGAUGGUCGGAUGAAUGGGAGGAAAGCGAGAAGAGCACAAGGAGGUGGGAAGGUUAGGAACAGUAACAGUGAACUGUGCAGGGGUGGAUACCUAGAUCCGGAAGCAAUUUGGCUUUCCUGUAGUGUGAGACUACUGGCACAGCUCUGCCCUGAACUCCAGCUGACCCUCUUUCUCUGUCUGUCUCUACCUUUCUCCCACUCUUUCUGCCGCAAAGCUACCACAUGUAAAUACACACCAACAUUUUGUAUAUCUGACAGCAAAGGGUCAGAUUCAUACCUGUGUGAAAACAUUAUCUUGGAGGCUUUCCUAGUUGUGGUCAACUCCUGGCCCCUGGAUGGCCUCUUGCAAUGGCCAGCCAGGGUGAGAGCCCGGGCCAAAGCAGGACAUAAGGCCCUUCCUUAUCACACCCAGAGCCCUGGCCUUUGUCACUCCUUCCUCCUCCGUUCCAUAGGCAGAUAAGAGAGGUGCGGUCCGGGGGUUGGGUGGACGCCUGUCUCUCACCUGCGUCACUCAGUGCCCUCUCAGUCACUCUCCAGUGGGGUAAACAGGAUCAUUUCUGAUUACAGAUGGCCUCACAGUGACCUUAUUCACUUCACUAAUCUAUUGAAGAGUUUUGGGUUUUUUGUUCUUUUGUUUGUUUAAUUUUUUUUUUAAUUUCAUUUUAAAAUUUCAUCACAAAAUUAUUAGCAAUGCUAUCUGCUGUAUGUAUUACUCUAAUUAGCUAAACUUUAAAUAUCAAACUAUUAAGACAUGAUUUAACAAUAUAUCUUAACUUGCAGUACCAUCAAUGAAUUUCUGUUUUUCUCCUCUGCUAUUUUUUAUGAUGAUAAAUAUACCUUAAGUUUGGUUAAGUAAUACACAUAUUUUAAAUCAUAUUUAUAGUUUGGGCUGCAACAAACAAUUAUUGGCAUUAUUUAGUCUAUAAAAUCUCGCAAUUAAAAUGUAUCAGAAGCUUUUAAAAUUGCUGAUUAUGCAUGACCAACAUUCCAAAACCCAAAGAUAUUCAAUUGACAAUUAUAUAAAGAAAAAUAUGCAAAUUCUGACCAAAA